AUGGGGAAGGAUAAAAGAGCAUUCCCUCUUUCCGAGAUCGAUGAGGCACUUGACAUGGCAAAUGGUGCGUCGAGGGAGAUAUUCAAGGAGUCUAUGAUCAGUGUGGACCAUGAGCAUGUAGCCCUAUCUGACUCCCUCAAUGUUGAGCAAAGGGUCAACUAUGAUGAGAUUCUAGCCGUAGUUGACAGUGGCGAAGGAGGAAAGGAUGCAUACCUCAAUAAACUUAUAGACAACAUAUUUCUGAUGCUCGACGCUAACCUGGCUGACCCAAACUACAUCACGUUGAGAGCCAUUCUGUCCACACGGAACGAGUGUGUGGAUACGAUUAACAUGAAGAUGAUUGGUCAUCUCCAGUGGGACGAGAUGGAGUACUAUAGCUUUGAUCGUGCUAAAGAUGACCUCCACAACUACUACCCUCCCGAAUUCCUUAACUCUCUGACCCCAAACGGGCUACCUCCGUAUGUGCUAAAGCUCAAGGUUAACUAUCCUAUCAUACUGCUCAGAAACAUUGACCCCGCCAAUGGACUUUGCAACAGGACAAGGCUUAUCGUUUGGGGUUUCCAAAGAAACGCUAUUGAUGCAGAGAUCGUGCUCGGGAUGCAUGCUGGGAAGAGAGUUUUUCUGCCUCGGAUUCCCCUAUGCCCCUCUGAUGACGAGAUGUUUCCUUUUCAGUUCAAGCGAAAACAAUUUCCUGUCGGCUUAGCUUUGCCAUGA